CAUCGCCGCAUUGAGACUGUAAACCCUAGCCGCCAUCACACCCUCUAUUCUCUUCUUUAAAACCCUAACCCUCCUUUCGUUUUCUCGCUCUACCUGUCUCUGAAAUUCGAGAUAAUUCUGUGAAGAUGUUGGUAUUUGCCACGAAAUUGUGGUGAAUUCUGGAGAUUCGUCUGUGCUCUCUCUCUCUCUCUCGCAAUGAUGAUAUAUGGUUAAUCCCAGCUCAUUAUGAGGCCCAUUUAAGGGUCUGGGAAUAGACUCAAUCCAUGCUUAUCUGAGCCUAUACAUAUUUCCCCCCUUGUUUUUUUCGAAAUAUAGCAUCCGCCGUUGCUUAACACAGGAUGGAAUCUCAAGUGAAGCAUGCCGUGGUGGUGAAAGUAAUGGGUCGGACCGGAUCGAGAGGACAGGUGACUCAGGUGAGAGUCAAGUUUCUGGAUGAUCAGAACCGGUUCAUCAUGAGGAAUGUCAAGGGACCUGUGAGGGAAGGCGACAUCCUUACCUUACUCGAGUCUGAAAGAGAAGCAAGAAGAUUGCGUUAAUUGGUUGCUCGUUGCUCCCCUCCUUAUCAAGUUCUUGCUGGUUUCUUCUUGUGGUUAGUCAAUGGCACUUUAACUACUGUUGUUUUGAUGAAGUUUGAUUUUGCAAUUACUGAGUCGAUUAUUCUGAGGUGUACACAAUACAUGAGGAUUGAUGCCAUUGGCCGGAGUCCACUGUGUCGCCUGUUUCAGUAGGUUGGAUAGGCAUACAAAGCCACACUUCAAUGAUAAUUUAUGAGAUGACAAAAUAAAUAAACUCAAAACUUUUGACA